UCGAUGAGAUUACCGCCGGCGACAAUUGAUCCAAGUCCGGUCGAUGCGACACUUCUUUGGGGACAUGGCCAACAUCGUAUUGACUCUGUUUGGACAAACGAGGCUGGUGAUCGAUCUUUCCAUGUUCGAGGUACGACCAUUUUAGUACCUUACCGUGAGCUUUAUCGGCCAUAUCUCGAAGCGGCAGGCUUGUUAAGUGUCGUGCCCCUAGUCCCUAUGAACCCCGAUGCGAGUUUGAUUACUGCACUCGUAGAGCGGUGGCGACCCGAGACGUCGACCUUCCAUCUACCGUGUGGUGAGGUCACGAUCACGUUAGAGGACGUUGUUACACUGUCCGGUUUGGCGAUCGACGGUGAUGCCGUCGUAGUUGAUAUACCGGAUGAGGAGUGGUCGGCGAUCUGUUUGCGACUGUUAGGACGGGUUCCUUAUGAUCUUGUAGGCGGGGUCGCUGUUGUUAGGAUUACAUGGCUGAGGGUUGAAUUCAGCCAUCUGCCGGAUGAUGCAUCACAGGAGGUUAUAGAGCAGUUUGCACGAGCUUAUGCUCUAUCUCUGAUUGGAGGUGUACUUUUCCCGGAUCGGUCUGGAUCUACAGUGCACCUACAGUACCUACUUCUGAUUGAGGAUUGGGAGAGGGCUGGAGGGUUCGCAUGGGGAGCUGCUGUUUUAUCCUACCUGUACCGUGAGAUGGGUAGGUCGACUUUGCACAUUUCGCAUACCGGCACUUCUCUAGCCGGUGACCUUGGUGGAUGGGUCCUACUGCAGUUCUGGGCGUGGGAGCGAUUCCCACAUCUAGCUCCUCGAGAUUCAGAGACGAGGGCACAGGCCACCGAGGAUGCACAUCCACGUGGUCUUCGAUGGCUUUCGGCCAGCAGUCGUCAGUAUGGUGACCAGCUAUUCCAGUACAAGCUGUGGUUAGACGCGAUGGACACCGUGGUGUGGCAACCUUACCGUGAGAGAGCACUUCAUCUCAGAGGUAGUGUGAUACAGUCUGAGACAUUUCGAGCAGUAGUGCCACUUAUCUGCUUUUCAUCGGUGAUGUGGCAUCAUCCAGACCGCGUGCUCCGGCAGUUUGGCAUGAGGCAGCAUGAGCCUCAUCAGCCACAUCCU